AUGCCUCGCGGACCUAAGAAGCACCAGAAGCGCCUCAGUGCGCCCUCGCACUGGCUCCUGGACAAAAUGUCCGGAACCUAUGCUCCCAAGGCCUCCCCCGGUCCUCACAAGCUCCGGGACUGCCUCCCCCUGAUCGUCUUCAUCCGCAACCGUCUCAAGUACGCCCUGAACGGCCGUGAGACCAAGGCUAUCAUGAUGCAGCGUCUGAUCAAGGUCGACGGCAAGGUCCGCACUGACCCUACCUACCCCGCUGGUUUCAUGGACGUCAUCGGUAUCGAGAAGACCGGCGAGAACUUCCGUCUCAUCUACGACACCAAGGGUCGCUUCACCGUCCACCGUAUCCAGGCUGAGGAGGCCGAGUACAAGCUCUGCAAGGUCAAGAGAGUUCAGCUUGGCAAGGGCGGGAUACCAUUCUUGGUUACGCACGAUGCGAGAACCAUCCGCUACCCCGACCCUGCCAUCAGGGUCAACGACACUGUGAAGGUUGACAUUGCCACUGGCAAGAUCACCGAAUUUGUCCGCUUCGACACUGGUGUUGUCUGCAUGGUCACCGGUGGUCGUAACAUGGGUCGUGUUGGUGUCAUCACUCACCGUGAGCGCCACGAUGGAGGUUUCAACAUCGUCCACAUCAAGGACGCUAUUGACAACUCCUUCGCCACCCGUGAGUCCAACGUCUUCGUCAUUGGACAGGAGAAGCCCUGGAUCUCUCUGCCCAAGGGCAAGGGUGUCAAGCUCACCAUUGCUGAGGAGCGUGACCGCCGCCGUGCCUACGCUCUCGCCAACUAA